GAGGAAAUGAGUCAUACGUAGAGUGCGAAUGCCAUCGAAAAACAGUAAAUAAACAAAAAAAUCCCUAAAUUUAUGCGAAAAACCAUUUAAUAAUAGUUUAAUUUAAACGCACUUUCAAUGCGAUUAUCAUAUGUUUUAUGGUUUAUCACCACUUAAUGUACACUUAAUUAUAAGCUAUUCAUACGUUAACUAAUGGCAAUGGUCUUUGAGGCGCCCUUUGACUAUCAGUUCCGGCUAAUACUGAUCGGCGACUCGACGGUCGGCAAGUCGACGCUCCUCCGGGUGUUCACCGAUAGCUCGUUCACCACAUGGAGUGACCCGACAGUCGGUGUGGACUUCUUCGCCAAAAUCAUAACUAUACGCAACGGAAGGGUACGAAUCAAACUCCAGUUGUGGGACACCGCCGGACAAGAGAAGUUCAGAUCCAUAACCCGGUCCUACUAUCGCAACAGUGUCGGCGCACUCCUACUGUACGACAUGACCCGGCGGCACACGUUUGACCACCUCGUGGACUGGCUGUUUGAGGCGCGGCGGCACAUAGAGCCCAACCGCGCCGUCUAUCAGAUCGUGUCGUGUAAGUCGGAUAUGUUGGACGACCGGGAGGUGACCGGCGAGGAGGGGAAAGCCUUCGCCGACUUCUAUCGCAUUAACUUCAUCGAGACCUCCGCGAAGGACAGGUAUAACGUGGACGAGGCGUUCCGGUCGAUAGCCGAGGAGAUCUACGAUAAGGUGGAGUCCGGGGUGUUUGAGGUGGAGGAGGGCUGGGAUGGCAUCAAAAAGGGCGGUACUAUCGACGCGAACGGCAUUAAUGUAGGCGCCGAUGAGGCGAAUAACAAUCGCGGUCUCGAUAGGUCCGGGGUAUCGGACAGCGGGUCCAUAUUUAUCCAGCAUCCAUUCCCUCAUCCCGUAAUCCCGGUGCUCAUCCUUGACCUAAAUUCUCGCCUCACGUACAGUCCUCACUAUUACCAAUAA